GAAAAAUUCAAGCGGGUCGAUUUGAGUUCUUUGACAUUUUUCUGUGUUUUUGUUGCCUUUAGACACACCACAUCCACUUUGCGGAUUUCAGGACGUACUGGUGAUUACAUGUACAAGUGAAUUCUAGAUGCAAUAAGGCAACAUGGUCAAAAUGAAGAAGGGUCCAAAGAGACCUGAGAAGACAAAGACAAAGAGAAAGCUAAGUGGUGUGCAGAAGACAAAGGCACAAAAUCCUAAAAAGAAGAAAGACCCCCUGAAGCAACAGAAAAUUGAUGCUGUUUUUAAGAAGGCGUCUCAUCAGGCAAGCGGUUAUUUGUCUCCACAGAAAAAAAAUAGGACCGUGACCAAAGUGCCCAAGUCCCCUAUGAAAAAGAAAAGAGUUGUUAAUGAAAGACACCACCAGAGCGUUGAUGAAGAUGGGUUCAGAAUGGUACAGAUAAAAGGCAACAAGACAAAAGGAUGGAAGCCUGUCAAAAAAAUGACAAUUGAUUUUGUGGAUAAGAUAUUGAAGUCUGUUGCCAGCCUGCAAGAUACAACAGUUGCAAGCAGUGCAAGACUGGAAAAGCAGCACAUUCUGGCUGAUCUCAAUAAGGAAAUUCUCCAGAAAUUAAAAAGAGUGAAAGUUCCUGGCAACAAGAACUAUAAUUACUCAACCUUGAAGAAACAGGCAAGAGAUUUAGAAGAAGAAAAGGUGAAAAAGGCAAACAAAUUCAGCAGCAUAGAAAAGCGUAUUGAGCACUACGAUGGGCUCAUACAAAAAACGGAAGACAACGUGAAUGAAUAUGAGCAGUUUGAAGAGAUCAGCAAUAAAGGCAAAGAAAAGCUACAUCCCCUUUUAGAAGACGCUUAUGAGACUCAGCUGAACCUUCAACCACUACCAGAGGCUUCUUCCAAGCUUGCGAUUUACAAGUUCUAGUUCUGAAACUGACUGGCUCGACUUUUUCUGUCU